AUGUCGGCCGCGGUGCCGGAGCUGAAGCAGAUUAGCCGGGUGGAAGCUAUGCGCCUGGGGCCGGGCUGGAGCCACUCGUGCCACGCCAUGCUGUACGCCGCCAACCCCGGGCAGCUUUUCGGCCGCAUCCCCAUGCGCUUCUCAGUGCUGAUGCAGAUGCGCUUCGAUGGGCUGCUGGGCUUCCCCGGAGGCUUUGUGGACCGGCGCUUCUGGUCGCUGGAGGACGGACUGAACCGGGUGCUGGGCCUGGGCCUGGGCUGCCUGCGCCUCACCGAAGCCGACUACCUGAGCUCGCACCUGACCGAGGGUCCGCAUCGCGUCGUGGCGCACCUGUAUGCGCGGCAGCUGACGCUGGAGCAAUUGCACGCCGUGGAGAUUAGCGCGGUGCACUCGCGCGACCACGGCCUGGAGGUGCUGGGGCUUGUGCGGGUCCCACUGUAUACCCAGAAGGACCGAGUUGGUGGCUUUCCCAACUUCCUGAGCAAUGCCUUCAUCAGCACAGCCAAGUACCAGCUCCUCUUCGCCCUCAAGGUGCUCAAUAUGAUGCCUGAGGAGAAGCUGGCGGAGGCUGUCGCUGCAGCCACUGAGAAGCAGAAGAAGGCUCUGGAGAAGCUGCUUCCAUCUUCUUCCUGAGGCAGUUCCUGGGGAUGGUCUGGAAAUACCCACCAAGUUUGCAGAAUGACAAUAGGAGAGCCACCACAGGCAGAAAGGUCACCACUGGAAGUCUCCUAUGGCCCUAUGUCUGGCGAAACUUCUCAGCAAAGCUACAGGACAACUUCCACAGUGCCCGCCCAGCCUGCUAAGGCAAGCAAUGCUCCCAGCACAGCCUGGGCGUCUAUUCUACCUUAGAGUCUUGAUGAAGCAGCCACUG